AUGGUGUCGUUCCAGACCUCGGGCGACAGUCCUACGGCUGCUCCCGCCAGCCUGCCAACCCCGCCAUCACCCGCGUCAGUCUUGCAGCCGCUGCACGAGGCCACCACCAGCACCACAACAACAGCCGAGGGCGACAAGAAACCGACCCAGUCUAUAAACCGAAUACCGAGCAUACUGCGCCCAGGCGGCGGCAAGUCGACCAGCUCAAAUCCGUUCCGCAAUAGAGAAGGUGCCGCAUCCCAGGCGCCGCCGACCGAGGCCCUGUCCAAGAUGCACCUGGACUCGGCCACCAACAACCCCUGGGGCCCCGCGCUAUACGCGCAGCCCACCGGCAUGACAUCGGUCUCGGACGACGCGCGCGUCCCGCAUAUGUCGCCGCCCGUGCUGCCGCCCGAGUUCCAGCAGGAUCCCUGGGGCAAGCACAACGCCGUGGAGCUGGACGCGACAUCGUACACCCACCCGCUGCAGCCGCUGAGCGUGCCGACGCCGGAGGAGCAGUCUGUCUGGGGCGGCGAGUCGCAGAAUGUGACAAAGAACCAGGCUGACUCGCAGGGCACCUUGGUGAAGCCGGCCGACGACUUCUCCCACAUCUUUGGCGACCAGCAGGCGUGGGACGACCUCGGCCGCACUCCCAAGAUCAAGAGAAGCGCGACCAACAAGACAGCAGGCGGGGACUCGGACCAGGAUGAGUGGAACAUGAUUGACUCCGAAGCGUCGUCGAUUGCCGGGGACGCUACCCUGAAUACCCCGGCUGUUCCGAAAUCGAGCGCCCCAAGUACGGGAGCGGAGAAGGGCUCUGCAGCACAUGUUUUCGAGGCCCCUGCAACGCCGUGGGACGAGCUAACAUCAGAACAUGGGCAACGCAUGAAUGAAGCUACGACGACAACAGCGGUGGAAAGCAAGGACGAGGCCCCAGAAAGUCCCCCAAUUCCAACACUAAACGAACAAAAGAACGAACCUCAACUACAUCCCCCUCUUAUCGAACCUAUUGGCUACGAACCACCAACGCAACCCUCGCAACCACAAUACCUGCCGCAAAUCGACGUUCCUCUUAUCGAACCUAUUGGCUACGAGCCACCAAUACAAUCCUCGCAAUCACAACAUGCGCCGCAAAUAACAGGCCUGCUGGUGUCCGAGAAAAACGAGCGACCUGCGCUACCACCGCGACAGCCCGAGCCAUCGCAGAGAUGGGCCACCACUCGGCGGCCUGUGGACGGCCAGGCUGAGACGUACCAAAUCAAGAAUAUCAGCUGGGUCGACCCCAGCUCGUCCAAAAGCCGCGUCUCCCCCAUCCUGGUGCAAAACGAAAACGGGCCCUGCCCUCUCGUCGCCUUGGUGAAUGCCCUGAGUCUUACCACGCCAGCGGACACCCCCGAGACGACUCUCGUGCAAGUGCUCCGCUCCCGCGAGCGCGUCAGCCUGAAUCUGCUGCUGGACGCCGUCUUUGACGAGCUCAUGUCCCCCGGGCGCACGUCGUCCGACGAUGCUCUCCCCGACAUCAGCGAGCUCUACGAGUUCUUGCAGAGCCUGCACACGGGCAUGAAUGUCAACCCGCGCUUCGUCCCGACCGAGGAAAUGAUGACGGCCUACAAGCACAGCUCGCUGACCCAUCUGGACCCCACCGACCGCGACGGCCUGAUGCCGGGCACCUUUGAAAACAGCCUCGAGAUGCGGCUCUAUGCGACCUUUUCGAUCCCGCUCAUCCACGGCUGGCUGCCAGCCAAGACGGACCCCGCGUACGAGGCCUUUGAACGGCAGGCGCCCUCGUACGAAGACGCGCAGAACCUGCUCUUCCGCGAGGAGGAGCUCGAGGCCAAGCUGUCGGACUCGAGCGGGGUCGGCCUCACGGAGGCGGAGCAGCAGCUCUACCAAGACAUCGUGACGAUUAAAAUGUUCAUGGAAGAAUCGGCGACUCAGCUCACGCCGUGGGGCAUCGAAGUGAUUGGCAGGGCGAUGCGGCCCGGCACGUUUGCCAUUCUCUUCCGCAACGACCACUUUAGCACGCUGUACUGCCACCCGCACACGAUGCAGCUGCUGACGCUCGUGACGGACGCGGGCUACUGCAGCCACGAUGACGUCGUCUGGGAGAGUCUCGAGGAUGUCCACGGCGAGCUGUCGGCCAUGUACUCAGGCGAGUUCUACCCCGCCGGGUCGCCAAACCUGGCCGGGCCCAGCAGCAGCAACAGCCACGCGUGGUCGCCCGUGCAGACCCGCCGCAGCGGCAAGAACCGCCAGGAAGAGCCCGUGUCGUCCCCCGGCGGCAGCGGCGACGCCCACGAGCAAGAAGACCGCGACCUCGCGCUCGCGCUGCAGCUGCAGGAGGAGGAGGAGCACAACCAGCGUGAGGAGCUGGAGCGCCGCCGGCGGGAGAGCCGCCUCUCGGAGCAAUUCAUCGAGCAGCAGGGCCGGCAGCGGCCGCAACCCGUGGCGCGCGAUAACAUGGGUGCCGCCCGGCUGCGCCCGAGCACCGGCAACAGCGAAUUCCGACGCUCCUCGAGCAACGUCAACGUGAGCGUGUCCAGCCCCGGCGGCGGCCGACGCAGCAGCAGCAUACACACGGCGUCGUCGUCGCCCCCGCCGCCGCAGCCUCCCCGGCCGCAGACGCAAAAUGUUCGCCCGCUGGUCCCACCCCGCGCAGCAGCCACGACCGCCACGACGGGGCUGCGACCUGCGGGACGGCCGCCGGUGAGUAGACCGGCUGUGGAAACGGGUGAGGAGGCUCCGCCGUCGUAUGAGGCGGCGCAGCACGAUAGGCGCUACGAGCCGGGGCAGGGAGAAGCGGGCGCGCCGGUAUCGACGCCGCCGACGGGUAUGAGCGGGGGAGGCCGGAGGACAGAGGAGGUGCGGCCGCAGCCUACCCCCGGAAUGUACGGACCUGGGAAUCCGGGAGUACGUCCGUUGAGACCGGUGCUGGGAGGGCGAGUGAGCCAGGGUUCCUACAGGGAUAGAGACCGAGACUGCCUCCUCAUGUAA